ACGACAUAUUUAGCGUAGUGCGAGCAGCACGUCGACCAAUGGCGUCGUGCGAAAAUGAGUGCGAAAUUCGUAUUUGCGGUCAGCGAGGCUGUAAAAGAGCCAGCGAGAGCCAGCAAGAUGAUGGACGCAAUGUCAGUAGUGACCCAGCUGAGGGAUCUGGCGUCCGAGCCUCAGAAUCGGGAGGCUAUAGCGAAAGACGAGGGCUGUUUACCUGGACUUGUUUUGUUCCUAGACCACAAAGACCCUCAAGUCGUGUUUGCUACUCUGCAGACCCUGAGGUACCUGGCAGAAUCGUCUCAAAACAUCGUCUCCAUGAAGAACGAGCUAGGCAUGAUGGUGAGCCUGGAGACUCUGAUGGAAAAUUGUGGACUGAGUACUGACAUCACAGACCUUGCUAAAGAGGUGUAUGAAAUAUUGAGUGCACCGGCGAGGACAGAAACUCUCAGAACUCCUGUGCAACCGACGAGGAGGAAUAAACCUCAGUUCUUCAUCAACAGUUCCAAUAAAAAGGCCAAAACGGUCACACUGCACAUACAGGGUUUGGACGGGACGGAUCAGCGAGGUGUGUGUGAAGAGGCUCUUCUGAAGGUUAAAGGAGUCAUCAGCUUCACUUUCCAGAUGGCUAUGAAGAGAUGCACUGUGCGUGUGCGUGCAGACCUGUCCACCGAGAGUCUGGCAUCAGCCAUUGCGGCCACUAAAGUGCUUUCAGCUCAGCAGGUGGUGAAGAAUGAGCAUGGAGAAGAGGUUUUCAUCCCUCUCAGCACUGCAGACACACACAUAGAGGAGAAUCACCACCUGCCAGAUUAUUUACCAGAAGACGAGAGUCCUGAGAAGCAGACGGACCGCGCCGUGUCCCGCACUGCUGCCAAACAGGAUGCCAGUGGGAGCUGGCUGAGCUCAGCGGCCAGCUUUCUUACCAAAACUUUCUACUGGUGAAGCUUUGGGCUUCAAUUCGUGUAAAUAACUGGACCACACAAGGACCACAGAGAAAGAAAAGGACUUUUAUAAUGUUUGCUGAGUAUACAAGAGCUCAGAUCUACUCAGCCACUUCCAUGAAAACAGAAAGUGGUAUUAUAAUAUCCAGUUCUACAAGCAUACUGCUCGAUGCCUGGAUAUAUGUCUUCACACUUUGUUUAUGUAACGUUUCCGAAAUGAUUUCUGUCGGUUUGUAUUUUUGUGUUAUUUCUGUUACCUUGAUGUGUUGUGUAAAUAUAUACCUGUGGACCUAUUUUACACUUUGUCUCAUUUCAAGAAAAUAUUUAGUUCAAUAAUAAGGAGAUGCAUUGUGAACUUAAAACAGAUUCUGAUUAAAAUGUAAAAUCGCACGAGUUUA